AUUGAUCGCACAUUAUGUCAUGCUAGGCCUAUGUUGUACGGUUUCGAUGACCACAAAUUCUGUGGUAAAUUCAUGUCUGUGAGUUAGACGCAAACCAAGAGUUUUAUCACUUCCUCUACAGGGUCAUAAUCACAGACACUACAGUCUAGGCCAGAGUUUGUCUAACUGUAGAGUUACUGUAAGUUAGCUAGUUCAACUUCAAACGUGCGUGCGUGACACCGAAGUUCCGAAUCCCUCAACGAAGUCUUCGCCAUUGUUGUAUUGUUUGUAAAUUUGUACGUGCAUGACGUGUCACUUCGUGUGCGCAACUUAACGUGUAUAAAUCUGAGCCGAAAAACAGCUGGUGCCAACGACGAGUGUUUACGACCAACGGAUGUUAUUUAUACAAAACCACGAAGAAAAUGGCUCUUAGCAAAGAUGUUGCCGAUAUUGAGAAUCUACUGGCGCUGAACCCGCGAGUGUUGAAGCACGCCAGCGUGGUCACCACCAAGACGACGAAGGGUAGUCGCAAGCAUUGGAAACGCAAUGGACCCCAGGCCUGUGCGACAUGUGGGGAUCUGGACAACAACUUUGACGACAUCAAGCACACCACGCUUAGUGAGAGGGCAGCACUGAAGGAGGCCGCACGAUGCCUGAAAUGCGCCGACGCGCCCUGCCAGAAAAGCUGCCCUACACAGCUUGAUGUCAAAUCUUUCAUCACCAGUAUUGCCAACAAGAACUACUAUGGAGCAUCUAAGGCAAUCUUCUCAGACAAUCCCCUGGGUCUGACAUGUGGUAUGGUAUGCCCUACCAGUGACCUCUGCGUUGGAGGAUGUAACCUCCAUGCGUCAGAGGAGGGCGCCAUCAACAUCGGCGGACUACAGCAGUUUGCCACCGAGGUCUUCAAGUUCAUGAAAAUCCCCCAAAUUCGGAACCCAAGCCUGCCCCCUCCCGACCAGCUACCUGAGAGCUACCACUCCAAGGUAGCCCUGAUUGGCUGCGGACCGGCCAGCAUCAGCUGUGCUACCUUCCUGGCCCGGCUGGGCUACACGGACCUGACCAUCUACGAGAAGGAGGACUACAUCGGUGGGCUGAGCUCUUCUGAGAUCCCCCAGUUCCGACUGGCGUACGACGUGGUCUCGUUUGAGGUGGACAUGAUGAAAGACCUUGGUGUGAAGAUUGAGCUUGGCAAAGGCCUAGGAGACAAUGGAUUGACGCUCCAGUCACUGAAAGAUUCUGGGUACGAGGGCGUCUUCCUAGGAAUCGGACUCCCUCAGGCCAAGCGCAUUCCCAUCUUUGAGCGGUUGACCAAGGAGCAGGGCUUCUAUACAUCCAAAGAUUACUUACCGGUAGUUGCCAAAGCUAGCAAAGCAGGUAUGUGCAGCUGUAAAUCUCAGCUUCCCCAGCUUCACGGUAACGUCAUCGUCCUAGGCGCUGGUGACACGGCCUUUGACUGCGCCACCUCGGCGCUCCGCUGUGGUGCUAAGAGGGUGUAUAUCGUCUUCCGUAAAGGCUUCACCACCAUCAGAGCUGUGCCUGAAGAGAUGGAGCUAGCCAGAGAGGAGCGAUGUGAGUUCAUGCCGUUCCUGUCUCCACGGAAGGUCAUCAUGAAGGCUGAUCGCAUCACUGGCCUGGAGCUAUGCCGCACUGAGCAGGACGAGAACGGCAAGUGGGUAGAGGACGAGGAGCAGACAGUCCGUCUCAAGGCAGAUUACAUUAUCUCGGCAUUCGGCUCAACGCUCCAUGAUCAGCAAGUCAAAGCGGCCAUGUCCCCCAUCCAGUUCAAUUCCUGGGGUUUACCGGAGGUCAGCCCUGACACCAUGCAGUCCAGCGAGCCGUGGAUCUUCUGUGGCGGUGACCUGGCUGGUCAGGCCAACACCACCGUGGAGUCGGUCAACGACGGGAAAACGGCCGCCUGGUAUCUGCAUAAAUACCUGCAGUCCCUCCACGGUCUACCAGUGUCGGCCACCCCCACCUUACCAAAGUUCUACAGUCCCAUUGACCUGGUUGACCUGAGUACGGUGAUCUGCGGCCUCAAGUUUGAGAACCCCUUUGGCUUGGCCAGCGCCCCGCCCACCACCUCAGCGGCGAUGAUCCGACGGGCCUUCCAAGCUGGCUGGGGGUUUGUGGUCACCAAGACCUUCACGCUGGACAAGGACAUAGUGACCAAUGUCUCCCCCCGCAUUGUCCGAGGCACCACCUCGGGCCACACCUUCGGCCCCGGUCAAGGCUCCUUCCUCAACAUCGAGUUGGUCAGCGAGAAGACCGCCGCCUACUGGUGCCGCAGCGUGAGGGAACUCAAGGACGACUUCCCCGAGAAGAUCAUCAUCGCUAGUAUCAUGUGCAGCUACAACAAAGAGGACUGGGUCAAACUGGGCAAGAUGGCAGAGGACCAUGGUGCAGAUGCCCUGGAGUUGAAUCUCUCCUGCCCUCAUGGCAUGGGAGAGCGAGGCAUGGGCCUGGCCUGUGGCCAGAACCCUGAGCUAGUCCUGAACAUCUGUCGAUGGGUCCGGGAAAAUGUCAAGAUUCCCUUCUUUGCCAAGCUGACUCCCAACGUCACGUCUAUCGUCGAGAUUGCCCGGGCUGCUAAAAACGGUGGAGCGGAUGGCGUAACGGCCACCAACACAGUCUCAGGCCUGAUGGGCAUCAAAGGCUCCUCCAGCGCAUGGCCUGCCGUCGGCAAGGAACAGCGGACGACCUACGGUGGUGUGUCCGGUAACGCCAUCCGGCCCAUCGCGCUACGCGCCGUGUCGGCCAUCGCCAACGCCCUCCCGGGAUUCCCCAUUCUCGCUACCGGUGGGAUUGAUUCGGCGGACGUCGGCCUGCAGUACUUGCAUGGCGGGGCAGCCGCACUUCAGGUUUGUAGUGCCGUCCAGAACCAGGAUUUCACCCUGAUUGAGGACUACUUGACAGGGCUGAAGACGUUGCUGUACCUAGAGAGCAUGGAUGCCUUUGAGCACUGGGAUGGUCAGAGCCCUCCAACAGCCAGGCACCAGAAAGGCAAGAUGGUGCCCAAGGUUGCUGACAUAGUAGGCAAGCAUCUACCAUCAUUUGGACCCUACCAGCAAGAGCGUAUCCGUCGUCUGGCCGACUAUAAGAGGAAAGUGGCUCCACUGGAUGCCACCCCGGACCAAUCGGAGGAGGAACGCUCCCUCAACCAACCCAAGAAAACCAUCCCAACCAUCAGGGAAGUCAUUGGCCGCGCCCUGGAUCGCAUCGGCACCUACGGCGACCUGGACAACACCCAACAAGUGGUGGCGCUCAUCGACGAGGAGAUGUGCAUCAACUGCGGCAAGUGCUACAUGACCUGCAACGACAACGGCUACCAGGCCAUCACCUUUGACCCCCUGACCCAUCUACCGCACGUGACCAAGGACUGCACAGGGUGCACGCUGUGCGUCAGUGUCUGUCCGAUCAUCGACUGUAUCAAGAUGGUCGACAGGAAAACGUCUUAUGUACCUAACCGUGGGGUACCGCUCAUUGCUUCCUCUUAAAAAAAAAAUCGAUCUCGAGAAAUUAUUUUUAUCAUUGCAAAUUAUAUCAGUAUUUCCUGGAAUUGUUGCUUGAUUAAAUUCAAUGUUGCAAGAUCAGGGGACGAAUUCAUAAAUCGCUAAGAUGCGUCUUAGGAAGGGUAACUCGUCUUCCCUCGCGACUCGUGCUAGGAUCGAUUACACCAAACUUAAGACGCGUUCAACACGUCUUAACUUCCUUAGCAAUGUGGUUGAACUCAUCUUAACAUGAGAUCGGUCUGAGGGUCGUCUUAUCUCAUUAAAGCAAGCAUUAAUUUGUAUAUCGUCUGGAAAUCAUUGCCGUUAAAGACGAGUGUCGGCCUAGAGUUAUAGUUUUGAGGAAGGAAACUGCUGUAGAAACAGAUUUGAAAAGAUUUCUGAUACGUGGGUAGUUUUAACAAAAAUAGCUUGUUUACAAAACUGAAUUAGCCUAUACGUCGACACCCAUUUGACUUUUUAAAAUAAAGUGAUGAAACGGGGAGCAAGAACGACUUUAUCGUAUCUUGUGUAGAACUACCUUGCGUGUGAAAUUUAUUGAGUACAGUAAUUUUUCUGGCGAAAAAUUGUGUUCUAUGCAGGCGCCGGGUUUUGCGCAUUUCUUUUCAACAACUGUUUCUUCAAGCGGUAAAAUCAAACAUGAAACAGUCAUCAAAUUGGUAAUUUUGAUGCGUCUUGCUUAAGAUAGGUUUUGUGAAAUCGCUCUUAGGAGGCGUCUUAGCUAAGAUCGAUCUUAGAGCAGGGACUCAUCUUAAAGUUCCAUGAUGAGUCGCAAGAUUCGUGAAAUCGGCCCCUUGUCAAGUACAUGUAACCAUUUUUUUUUCUUCCAAAACAACUUGUCAUGGCAUGUUGACAAGAUAAUCUUUCACAAAUGUCCAAAUUGCAAAAAUCAAACUCCAAAAGUAUAAAAAUCCAGAAGUGUUUUUUUCAUAAUGAUAUACAAUUAUGUCAUGAACUAAUUACCGAACCAAUUUUGAGUUUUGCCAAAAAAAAAUUGUAUUUACUGUGCCGUGAAAAAAAAACCAAGCUGCUGAAAAUAUAACAAUGUGGGGCCAAAUUAUACGUGUUUGAUUCUAACAAGCCUACCGUUUGAAAAAUGAAUUAUGCCAGAAAUUUUUCAUAAUUUUCAGAUGAGGUGAAGUUAAAAUAAUGUAAAAUAAACUUAAAUAUAUAGAAUAACAUGUUUUAAAGUCACACAUAUUAAUUUUUGCAGGAAAAAAAGUUACAUUUUAGUUUCAGUAUUAAGUCAGCUUUUGUUCACUUUAUUAUUUAGUACUUUAAACAUAUUACAAUAAGACUUUGUAAUGACUUUAAAGAUGCCAAAAUAAAUGAUAAUAAAUUACAAAUUUUAAUAGUGGGUACCGAAUAUCAGUAUUUUUAGUUUUUCGGAUGACAGGUAUACUUACGCACAACUGAGGAAAAAGAAAUUGUUUUGUUAACCGUAUGUAUAUCCAUGUAGCGUGUGCUUUAUUUUAUAGUUUUCGUUUUACUUCAGUUAUAAUCGCACUUUUAUUCAGUUGAUUGCAGUGAAAAUGGUUCCUUGAUUACUGUGGCGUAUGUUUGUGUGUAUGUAAUCAGGGAACUAGACUACAGUGAUUUUUUUCUUGCUACUGUAAAAUGUGUGUUUUUUUAAGUGAAAGGAUUGUGGGUUCUAAUAAAUUAACAAAGAUGAUGGAACAAAUAUGUAGUAUUCAGCAGAUAGAUUUUCAAAAAAAAUGAUACAAUCUGUUCAGAUUUCCAAAGAUUGGUUGAAAAAUACACUUAAUAAUAAUACAUAAAUAUAUAAAAGUGGA